AUGGCUCGCUGCGGCACUCCCAGCAAGCAGCUUCUGCAGAGCCUGCGCAGCUGGUCGAUAAGCCCUGCAGCUAACAGCCGUCAUGAAAUAGCUCGCCCUUUCUGCACAACUACCUGCAAAAGCGAAGAAGCUCAGGCCGAUGUUGCUCCCAAACCAUCCUUCCGUCGCAACCCCGAUCCUCAACUUGUCUCAUCACGCCGCUUGGAAAGGAGACUCAUGAAGGCAAACAACCCACCAAUUGGCUCGCGACGACGUCGAGUCGCGCUGCAAGGAACAUCUGGAAUCCCAUUCGAGCAAUUGCCAUACCAAUGCUUCCAAGAAGCUCGAAAGAUCCUCAUAGCCGAUCGAGAAGAGAAGCUGAAGCAGAUAGAGACGGAUCGAGCCCGCAUAAUUCGUCUACGAGACUCCGAUCCUGCGCUCUCGGGGGGCGAAGCCCGCAAGAGGCAGAGGUUAAAGGACUUGAUAGGCAAACUGGAACAUUUGAAGAUUCUGGCCGAUAUCAAUGAUCCGUUGGUCAAGCGCAGAUUUGAAGAUGGGCUGGGUGACAUGAACAAGCCCAUCUAUCGUUACCUUGCCGAGCGCAAAUGGAGAGAGGCUCGCCGCUUGAUCCUCAUGCAGCGCAUCACCCAGAUGAAAGUCAUACCAGAUGUUCUACCCAGUUUCGAGCCGUCGGUGGACGUCAAGCUGGCAUUCGUACCACCAAUUACGUUUUCAAAAAGAGGCCUGGAAUAUGGUGAUUUGUCCAAGGGCAUCCGAUCAGGAGACUUUGUCUACAUUCAGCCUGGCGAGUUUGUGGACUCGCAGAUGAGCGAGAAUCCUUGCUGGCUGAAUGUGCAAUCCUUCCAGCGCGGCGAGAAGUUGGUAUCCGUUGUUGUGGUUGAUUCCGAUGUCCCUAAUCUACAGAAGGAUGGCUUUGACUACCGCUGUCAUUUUCUUGCAGUUAACGUCCCCAUCAACCCUACACAGCGCACGAUCAAUCUCUCCAAUCUUUCCAAGACAGAACAGUUACUGCUUCCGUGGCUACCACCUCACGCCCAAAAAGGUAGUCCUUACCAUCGUCUAUCAGUCUUCGUGCUACAACAAAAGGACAACAUCCCAUUAGACCUCAGCGUGGCAUCACGACAUGUAAAGUCGGAGGGGUUUAUCCUUCGAAGUUUCGUGGAUAGGCACCUUCUGAAGCCAAUAGGUGUGCAUCUGUUCAGGACGAAAUGGGACGCGGGGAUGGCGGAUGUCAUGCGGCGGGCUGGUGUUGAGGGCGCUGAUAUGGAGUUGAGGCGUCUCAAGGUGGAACCGCUACCGUAUAAGAGGAGGAACCCGCCUUCGUUUAGAUAA